AUGGCGUCGUCGUCGUCAGUCAGUGUGUUUUUGUUAAACGUUAGUGGACAAAUUGAAUCGGCUGAGUUUCUUGAAUUUGAUGAUCUUUAUUGUCGGUAUUCUUUUGUUUAUGGAUCAGAUUGGGCCAUUACCUCUGGCCUGGAAGAAAGUAUUACACAAGUGACAAAGAAAAGUCAAGAUAGUCGUCAACUGCUUGUUUGGAAUUUUCCUCUUGAUGUCACCUUCAAAAGUACAAACCCGUAUGGCUGGCCUCGUUUAAUGAUUCAUACUUAUGGUUCAGAUGCUUUUGGUAAUGAUGUUGUCCGUGGUUAUGGAAUGUGUCAUGUCCCACUUAUUCCAGGAAGACACAAAUGCAGACUGCCAAUGUUUGUACCAGAAUCAACAUCACAACUGCAAAAAUUCACAAGUUGGCUACUUGGACGACAUCCAGAAUUUGUAGAUGCCAAAAUUGUUGCGCAGGGUGAAGGAAGAGAAGUGAGCAGAGUACGGACACAAGGAUUUAUCACUGUUACUUUUAACAUUUCUCUCCAUAUCUAUCUAUCUAUCUAUCUAUCUAUCUAUCUAUCUAUCUAUCUAUCUAUGGCACUGGGCAGGUAA